AUGGCUGGAAAAGGAUUACCGCAGGAUCAUCCGCUGUGGGAAAUACAAGUGCUGUUAAAUUACGGAGAAUCCUUGGAUACCGUGUUACUCUUCCGCAUGCAUCCGUGUAUGACAGACGGAAUUUCAUUGGUCAGAAUUCUAGAGCAGGCAUUGGUUGAUACACACAUGAUCACACCACAUGAUCUCAACUUCGCAGGAACGAUGAAUACGUGUUUACAGUCUUUCAAAGCUUUCUUCCUCGGACCCAUAACUUUCCUCCAGAAAUAUCUCUGUCUUAAAAAAGAUUUUAAUCUGAUACACGGUAGACAUAUUCAUCCGUCGGGUAAAAUGGUUGUAGCGUGGUCGGAGCCAUUUAGCCUGAGUGCCGCUACCCGGAUCAAACAGGUUGCGCGAUGUACGCUUAACGAACUCUUCAUCUCAGUAGUGGCAGCUAAUCUACGUCAGUAUAUGCAAAUUAACGGAAUAUCAAACCCUUUCAAUAUGCAUUGUGCGGUUCCAACAGACUUCAAUACUAACCAAUCAAAUAUCAAGAUGGGGAAUAAGUACACGUUUGUCAUUUUACCCCUUCCAACCAAUACCGAAGGUGCUAUUCCACGCUUGUGGGAGACUAAAAUAUCAAUGGAGAAUUUUAAACUUAGUCCUGAAGCUGCGGUCGUCCGUGGGGCUUUGUGGUUCACUCACGCAAUUUUGCCAAAAUCUUCUUGCCGAAAUUUUUGGAGAAGGAUUUAUAGAAAGUGCUCUUGUGUCAUCAGUAAUCUGGUCGGACCAAAAACAGUGUUAAAACUUGCCAAUCGGGAAAUAAAGUGUAUUAUAUAUUGGUUACCUCCCCUGGAAGAGAUAGCCGUGUCAAUAUCGUUUAUAACGUACGGAGAACAGAUCAGAAUGGCCGUCGUCUCUGACCGAUCCGUUCUUCCGAAUCCAGAACUUCUUACUGCAGAUUUUUAUCAACAGCUUGAAACCCUGUCUCAGUUACUGGCUAACCGAAGAAUACCUGGAGAACAGCUUCAUCGUAAAACAGACAAUACUCAACUUCUUUCAGCCUUCUCUAUUAAAGAUCUCUCCAUUGAUCAGAUGCAACUACAAAUGACUUUACUACAACAAGAAAUUCAUGAUAUUAAAACACAACUUGAUGCCAGUUCGUCACAUCGUAUAUCUCAUAGUGAGGCUCAUCUGAUGCAGCGUAUCGAGCAAUUAAAGGAACAGUUCCGGGAGAUUAUGGUGGAAUUAAGACGGAAACGCUCAGAAGAAAAUGAGGCGGCAGUCGUUAUAUCUGAUGAUGUUUCCUUGGAAGAAGAAAUUGACGUUGAUCGACCUCAACGACCUUUCAGACGACGAACGUUAUCCAUGUCGUCUCGGAUGUCGACAGCCUCGGUAUCAUCCACGGUGCGCCCUCUAUCAACUACAACAUCCAAUCAGCCUUCGCCAACUCAUUCUCAUCUUCCGGUUUGGCCUGAACUAGAGGUAGCGUAG